GCUAGGUGGCCGGGGCGCCGAGGAGCAGGACGACGACCUGCCAGAACUGUCGGACAGCGGGGACGAGGCCGCCUGGGAGGAUGAGGACGAGGCCGACCAGCCCCACGACAGGCUGCAGACGCCCUGCCUGUUCUGUAACAGGUUAUUCACAUCCGCUGAAGAGACAUUUUCACACUGUAAAUCAGAGCAUCAAUUUAAUAUCGAUAGCAUGGUCCAUAAACAUGGACUUGAAUUUUAUGGAUACAUUAAACUAAUAAAUUUUAUUAGACUUAAGAAUCCUACAGUUGAGUAUAUGAAUUCCAUAUACAACCCAGUGCCUUGGGAGAAAGAAGAGUAUUUGAAGCCAGUCUUAGAAGAUGACCUUUUACUUCAAUUUGAUGUAGAAGAUCUUUAUGAACCAGUGUCAGUCCCGUUCUCAUAUCCCAAUGGGCUCAGUGAAAAUACUUCUAUUGUCGAAAAAUUGAAGCAUAUGGAAGCCAGGGCGCUGUCUGCUGAAGCUGCAUUAGCCAGAGCACGCGAAGAUCUGCAGAGAAUGAAACAAUUUGCUCAGGAUUUUGUGAUGAACGCAGAUGUCAGAACCUGCUCGUCAUCUACUGCCAUUGCAGACCUGCAGGAGGAUGAGGAUGGCGUUUAUUUCAGCUCAUACGGGCAUCAUGGGAUACACGAAGAGAUGCUGAAGGACAAAGUACGGACAGAAAGCUACAGAGAUUUUAUAUACCAAAACCCACAUAUCUUCAAAGACAAGGUAGUUUUGGAUGUUGGGUGUGGAACUGGAAUUCUCUCUAUGUUUGCUGCUAAAGCUGGGGCGAGAAAAGUUCUUGGUGUUGAUCAAUCCGAAAUACUUUACCAGGCGAUGGACAUCAUUAGACUAAAUAAACUCGAAGAUACUAUUGUACUAAUUAAAGGAAAGAUUGAAGAAGUUCAUCUUCCUGUAGAAAAAGUGGAUGUUGUCAUAUCUGAGUGGAUGGGAUAUUUUCUUCUUUUUGAGUCUAUGUUAGAUUCUGUCCUUUAUGCAAAGAACAAGUACUUGGCAAAAGGAGGAUCAGUCUACCCUGACAUCUGCACCAUCAGCCUCGUAGCAGUGAGCGAUGUGAGUAAACAUAUGGAUAGAAUUGCUUUCUGGGACAAUGUCUAUGGCUUCAACAUGUCCUGCAUGAAGAAAGCAGUUAUUCUAGAAGCGGUUGUGGAAGUUUUAGAUCCAAAGACUCUUAUCUCAGACCCUUGUGGUAUAAAGCAUAUAGAUUGCCAUACAACAUCUAUCUCAGAUUUGGAGUUUUCUUCAGAUUUUUCCCUGAAAAUCACAAAGACAUCCACGUGCACAGCAAUUGCUGGCUACUUUGAUAUAUAUUUUGAGAAGAAUUGCCACAAGAGGGUCAUGUUCUCUACGGGACCCCAGAGUACCAAAACACACUGGAAACAAACAGUAUUUCUACUAGAAAAGCCAUUUUCAGUUAAAGCAGGUGAAUCUUUAAAAGGGAAAAUCAUGGUUCACAAGAAUAAGAAAGAUCCUCGUUCUCUCAUUGUGACCCUCACCUUGAACAAUUCCACUCAGACUUACGGUCUCCAGUGAGAAAGCCAUGACAGACAGCACAGCUGCUUGUGGCAUUGUGGGGAGGGCAGCGGACAGGGUUUCCUGGAGCCUUGGAUGGUGGGCCCUGUCCUGAGUGCCCUCAGUAAGAUGCACAGGAGGGGUCUGAUGCCCCACAGCUGCAGACAGCGUAACUGAUCCCCACGUCCACGGUAGCGUUUCCAGUUGGCUGUGCAGCUAGGCUUAGCUAGGUGCAGCUCUCUGCUGAGUUUAGCUGCCUUGAAAAUCGUGUACUUAACCUGCAUUCAAAGCAGUGACAAGUCUUUUUGUCUUUAGUUCGUUUCUUAUUAUAAAUUUAAACAGUAAUGAUUGAUUAGUUUUUAAAUAACGUUUAUUUUAGACUAGUGACACAGGAAGUAGGUUUUAUUGCGUGGUUUGUCUCAAGAGGAAUCAUUUUUAGUUAUAUUUGCUACAAUAUCAGGAUGUUACAGGGGCCUGGGGAUUUAGCUCAGUGCUUCCGCUGCUUGCCUGAAAAGCACAAGGACCCAAGUUCGAUCUCUAGUACCAAAAAAAAAAAAAGUUAUAGGUUAGAGUGACAGAUAAGGGACUGAAAGCAGGCGUCAGCCUCCUCCUGUCCAGCACACCUGCAGUUUCCAUUUUGUAGAUCCCUCCCUCUCUGAAGAUCCUUUAGGCACAGGCUUCUAGUACUGCCCAGGAACCUCAUUUCAGUGUAUUUACCCUGUUUCAUACAGAUUUUUAAAUGAGAUACUUGUGUACUUAUUUACUAUAUAUUACCUUUUCAAACUAGAUGUAUGUGCAAAAGUUAAACGUAUGAUAUACUUGUAUCCCUCUACAAAUGUGUCAUUUGCAAUCAUUGAUUCAGUUCAGAACAAUGCAAAAUAUUCAAUAAAAUGUAUACAAUAGCAUUAAAAAUAUUUCCACAUCAUUAGGCCGUGUGUUAGAUGGGAUAUGUGAGACAGGCUGACAGAGCAGUCGCUUUUAGGGAACAGGAGCUGUGGGCACGCGCAGCAGCAGGUUCUUGUCAAGACUCACCAUGACUGGGCAGCUGAGCAUGGUGCUGAGCGGCACAGUGCUCAGGUCUCAGUGCGGGGCUGCAGCCCUGACCUCACCACUGCAGUGCGAUCCUCGUCCCUCUCCUCUACCCGUCCUUCCGCAACUGUGCGGGUCCGUGUUAAUCCACCCCACGUGCUUAGAUCGGGGCCUGCACACAGCAAUGCUCAGUAAGUGUCAGGGGCACGGUAUCGUAUCAUCGUGCACACACGUGCUCCUGAAGACCACUUGGCCCUCACAUUUGAUCAGUUUGAGAGUCAUCAGGUAGCAGUUACACCCCAAUGCAAGAACAGGCAAGAGCUUGCAGUGGUGUUAUGCACCUGUAAUCUCAGCAUUUGGGAAGCUGAGGCAGGAGAAUCACCUCAAGUGUGAGCCUGGCCUGGGCUAUACAGUGAGUUCAAGGCCUGUAUGAACUAUGUAGUGAGAUGGACUCCAAAAUAUAAUAGGCAAGAUUACAACAGAGUAUUAAAAUGGCAGAGUCGAUAUCAGUAAUAAAUUGCCUUUGUUUUUGUUAGAAAAUUGGACUUUUAGCAAAAAUCCAGAGAGAUAAUCCCUUCACAUGUUUGUAUCAGGACCUUAUGUAGACUUUAGUCUUCCUUCAUAAGCAUGAUUUGUUUUCACUGGUUUAAAACAGCCAAUUUUUUUUCACCAGAAUUUGAAUUCAUACCAUUACUGAAAAUGCAUGGUGCUAGCAAUACUAUUCAAAAUUCUUUGUUUGAGAUGGGAUCUUGCCGUGUUGCCCAGGCUGUCCUUAAACUCCUGGACUUGAGUAGACCCUCCUGCCUCAGCCUCCCAAGUACCUGGGACUACAGGCAACUGCCACCACAUUUCUCAUUUAAAGUUCUUUAAAUUUUGUCUUAAAUGACUUCCUGUAUAAAAAUGAAUAGGUUAAGAUGAUAAACAAGGAGGCCCAUAAGAAGAUGUCAUGGAUUUUGAAAGUGACCAAAAACCAAAUAGGGGUUGGGGUUGGUUGUAAAUGAAUAAAGACUAUUUCUUGCUAUUUGAAAAAAUACUUGUCCUGAAAACUUUUUCAUGGAGUUUUCACCCAGUGACUCUUCUUGAUUUCUUCUUCUGGCCCAGCCAUAGCUAGAUCUGUUCUUUGGAGUGAGCCUUCCCACACUGGGACAUUCUCAUUUGUGUACUAACAUUUUAUGAAAACAUCAGCAUCCAAAUGUUAGCUCUUUGAUUGGAAUUUCUGCUGUUACACUGCUGUGAACAAUAGUACUUUGUAGCCCUUGGCAAUGAUAAAUACCAGUGUCCUUCCAUGCUGUGAACAGAUGAGCAUUUAUAGAUAUCAAUUCACUUUUAUCCAUCAAGAAAAUACAUUUUGCUCCCAACAUGAUUACGUUGUAAUGUGUGGCGCUCCUCUGACUAUGAUAUAUUACGGUCCACCUAUAUGUAGAACGGCGAGUUCUGAAGAGAAGGUUCUGGAAGAAGUGUUCCAAGAAAGUGGAACUCAAGGGAGUGUUCGUGCACAAAGCUGUUCGGGAAAUAGCUGCUGCUGCUGCAGAACACAGUUGAAAGUCACGCAGCUGUGCAGGAGCGUAACUCAAACAGUCUCCCUGCGGGCUGGGCAAGGGUGAGAAUGUUGACCCCAAAGAAGAAUCGGCUUCUUCUUGCCUGAUGGACAUGAUCAGUGUGGCCCGCCCGUGUCCAGUGGCCUCAAAAGAGUGAAGUUGCUGACGGGAGGAGAUGGGCCCACAGCCUCGGCAAGUGUGCUUUGGGGCGGAAGGAGUGGGCGUCCACUCGAGCAGGAGAACAGGAGCCCGGUGAUAGGACAGCCGCUUAGCUCCUGCGGGCCAGGCCAGAAAUCGUGAUUUCGUCAGCCCAGCUGCGUCUCUCCCUGCCAUCUCAUCCCUCACGAGAGACCAGUUUGUGAUGAAAACAUCAGGCAUUUCACCACAGGAUUAGCAAACUGCGGCUCUAGGGCCAGAAGCCACUUGCUGGCUGCUUUGGUGAAUAAAAUGCUACUGAAACAGCCACUUUUGGUUACGUAUU